AUGAAGGUCUUUGUGGCAAUCCCUACUGUUUUGGUCUUCGUCGGCCUUUCAAUUUGCCAGAACACAUGCACCGCAGACGAUGUUCUCAACUCACUAAAUGCAGUCGAGCAUUACGCAGACAAGAUGCAGUCCGUAACUGAUUCUUCAAGUGAUAACAUUGAUCCUUCAGCGCCCAUCUUCAAGAACUUCGAAAGCCAAACCAAGCAUUUCAAUGAGGAUUUGCAGUGCACUUUUAAUACGACCCCGGUGGAGCAGACCGCUAUCUGCAGCGCCUAUGAAAAGUUUGCGAUGUCCCAGCUGGGUUACCUCCACGUGGCCGAUGGACGCGCUUUCUACGAGAAAAAUGGACACGGUGAUAAUGCUGUCAAGAUGCAUGGGUAUAUCUUGCAGUCGCAGCACGCUUUGGAGAACUACACAAUUCAAGCCAAAGCAGCAGCUGCAUCGUGUGUGGACCGCAUCGAAACAGCUUAUACACCGCUGGGUAGGCAGCUUAAAAGGCUGCUAGAGGCUUACCCCGGAACGGCUUAG